UUGAAACUGGUUACGCUGCCGAAAGAAGCUUGGUUUCUGGAGAGUCCCAUAGAGUGCUAUCAUCAGCUUAUCUUUAAACAUUUACAUCAGAUCCUCCUUCACAUCAGGACAACAGAACAGGCUUUCACCCUGCUUGACUGGGUGGUACAUUCAUACAGUAGUCAAGAGUUCAUAGGGCAUCCUAACCUCAAGGAUGAAGCUCUACAAAAACGGGACCUUAUGCUUCUGAGCAAUUAUCUAACACAUGCCAAGGAAAAGGUCCUGCCCAUUAUUCAGGAGGAGAUUUCCACUUCACUUACCAGGAUCCUUCAGAAUGAGGCGUGUUCGAGAGAUAUUGAGAGUUAUUCAGGAAACGAGGAGGCAUUUGUCGCACUAUAUAUGGAUGCUGUCCAGUGUAUUGAUGCUGUGAGGAAAACAGCUUUGAAGAUCUCGUCAACUUUUAAAACCAAGGUCGAGAUAGUCUGUUUCCACGAGCUGCACAACUUUAUUCAAAUGUACAUCUCUGCUGAAAAGAAACAUCACCAAAAACAGACUAAAACAGACAAAACCAUCUUAAUGCAUUCCUUCAAGACUUUCAACCACUGUGUAGAACUCAGACAAUACGUUCAAACAACUGGCGAGAAUAUCAACAAACAUCUCUAUACUGAAAUAAUUUCAACACUUGAGAAUAUGGAGGCUUCUGCUUUGAAACUAAUUCUCAGUACACUAAUUCACCGGACAGAGAUCUCCUUCAAAAGAUAUUUCAAAAAAGGUGGACACAUGGAGAACAUUACUACUGAAAUUAAAGAACUGCUCGACCCCAUUCCAAACAACUGGAAGACUCAAGAGACAGUAGUGAACAAAGCCUAUGAGAGCAUCAUGACUUUGUACCUCAAGUGUCUGGUGCAGAGUAACCCUGCUCAUGUGAUGAAGGCAUGGCCUGAUGUUGGAAGAAGAGUCACUCAGGAUGCUCACCUUCUUGACGACAUGUUCCAAGGCCUGAACCCAAAGGUGGAACGCAAGAACCUCAUUCUGCGGAACGUGGGAGAGAUACUCGAUUGCAGUUCAAUCGAUAUUAUUAAACUGAUAACCGCAAACACACUCCAGGAUUGCCCCAUAGCGAGUGUGGAUCUUAUUAAAGCCUUGCUGCGGUGGUGUGGGAUCAGUGGCAGACAGCUUGGAGAAGUGAUAGCGGUUUGCCAGGACGUCUCGGAGACUCAUACCAAGCCUGGACACUGGUACUUCUGCUGUCUAUGAAGCUGAUUGAGGAUGGCUCAUGAAGCAAUAUUUUGAACCAAUAUUGGUGACACACAUAUUGGUGAUACACACACAUUAGUGACACACACAUUGGUGUUUGAGUUUACAAGGAUAAACACUAUUCUACAGAAUUCCUCUUUUGGUAUGAUUUGACGUUUUUGUAAGGUUACUUACAGUAUGUUAGCAUGUUAGAAUUUGCCUCUUUCAUUCCGUUACUGAUGUAGUUGUUGUGUAUUUUAUUGAGUUGAGAAGUAAGGUAGGGUAUGGAUGGAUGUUUUGAUAUGUUUUUUUUUUUUUUACAAACUUUUUGUUGUUAAAUUAUGUUGGAUGUAAUUAGUUUCUUGUACUCUCUGUGAAUUAUAUUAUUGUAUUAUUAAUUGUAACUUGUUUAACUACAUGCUCUUAUGGUUCUUCCCAUUGGAACUUAUUUGCUUUUCACAAUGUAUGCUUCAUGUUAUGGCUACCCACAAUGUUUUGGGGCUAUCUCGUUGAUGAUCAGUGACCUAUGCACUUUUGUAAAGCUCUCUCUUGGAAGUCGCUUUGGAUAAAAGCGUCUGCUAAAUG